CCAAUGAGCUCUGACCCGCUUACCGAACCCUGAAGCUCCGCUCAAAGCUUCCCUUUCAGUUGAGCACUAUCUUGAACAGCAGUCAGACAUGGAUGGGCAGAAAGCUCGUUGGAUUGAGUACUUCGAGUAGCUGGAGGGCGGACCCUCUGAGCGGGCAGCUCAAAACCGCCGUUUAGUAGUGGAUUUUGGUCCACCUAUUAAGGAAAGCCCACCCUCUCUUGACGAGGCUGUACCAAGUGCCAAGUGAAGAUGUGCCGGUCUGCAGGAUGUUACCACUUCACUUUUGUACAUUGCGCGUGCUGGCAGAACUGUGAGUGAAGAUGUGCCGGUCUGCAGGAUGUUUCCACUUCACUUUUGUACAUUGCGCGUGCUGGCAGAACUGUGAGUGAAGAUGUGCCGGUCUGCAGGAUGUUACCACUUCACUUUUGUACAUUGUGCGUGCUGGCAGAACUGUGAGUGAAGAUGUGCCGGUCUGCAGGAUGUUACCACUUCACUUUUGUACAUUGCGCGUGCUGGCAGAACUGUGAGUGAAGAUGUGCCGGUCUGCAGGAUGUUUGCACUUCACUUUUGUACAUUGCGCGUGCUGGCAGAACUGUGAGUGAAGAUGUGCCGGUCUGAAGGAUGUUUCCACUUCACUUUUGUACAUUGCGCGUGCUGGCAGAACUGUGAGUGAAGAUGUGCCGGUCUGAAGGAUGUUUCCACUUCACUUUUGUACAUUGCGCGUGCUGGCAGAACUGUGAGUGAAGAUGUGCCGGUCUGAAGGAUGUGGGCCACAGUCUCCAGAGCCCAGUCCCCAGUCCAACCUCCAUAGGGCAGAACGUAAACAUUGCACUGCGGCCAAGACCAAGACCAAGGCGGGACGUAAACACUGCCCUGCCAGUCACCGCCCCGCCCCGCCCCGCCCACACGCCCCACGGCCCCCACUGCCCACGGUGUCCCACGCUGCCUGACGCCCCGGACCACCAUUGCCGUCACUGCCCACGCCUCCACUCCAUCCACCGCGCAGGAAAGCCCUGUCAUUGCCGUCCAAGUCCUCAAGCAAACAACAACUGUAUUACAUAAGUCUGGGCAGCCCUGCAGGAUCCAACCCCAACUCCAGAGGUACUCUGUCAGGCAGCAAGAAUCUUGAUACUCUUCUCCAUCAGGUGGAUCAUCACAGCACAAUGGCAGACAACAGGAGACCCGUUGGUGUCAACUUUGAAAAGAUUUUGCAGAGUCUGCAAGGAGACGUACAAGAAAUGAAGACGGAGUACGAGGAGAGCUGUCUGGCCAUCAAUGACGACAACAAGCUUCUGCACCAGUUUUGUGACAGACUAGAGUUUAUUUUCUCUUUUGGGCUGAGAGAGGGAAGCGGCUUCCUGAGUGGGCGGAGGGACCUGUGGCAGUACUUCUGCAAGUGUCUGGCCAACAGGCGCAACAUCCAUGAUGGGCUCAAGAUAGUCAAGGCAAACACAGAGCUGAAGACCAGCCUUGGUCGGUUCCGGUGCUUUAUACGGUACUGCCUCGUGCACCAGAGCCUCGGGGAUGUGGUCCAGCAGUGUGUUGACAAUCGGGCAGUGACAGCCCAGUUCUACCAAGAUGGCUCGCUAACUCUUGAUGCCAAGCUGCUUCCCACUCUGCUCAGCUGCCUCUACCAACUCUGUGAUGUUCCCUUUGAUCUGCCUCCAUCUGGCCAUGAUCUGGACGUGUCAUGGCCGACUUUCACCAGACUAGGCGCAGCGGGCGGGGGAUGGAGACCGCCAAGCCGCGCCCUUUCCUUCUCCUCCCUGUACUCUCACACCUCGCAGCUGAGUGAGGCUGUGGGUUUGCAGUCCCCAAAUAGUCCGACCAUGACCGCUGUGGGUGAAGACGAUCUUCUGGGUCUCCCUGACCCUGUGGUGGCCCUGGAGGAGGCCAACCAGCGCCUGACUGCCCUCGAGGGAGACAACGCCACGCUCCGCGCGUCGUGUGCGGCGCUCCAGACGCAGCUUGACCAGGUCAAGAAUGCAGAAGCAGCGUUGUCUGCUCCUGUGAGUGAUGACAGCCCGGCAGUGUGUUCACCCGAUAAAUGUCAUCAGUGUGACUUGCUAACAGAAGAACUGCGAGUCAGCAAGUCCCGGUGUGAGGACUUGACGAGACUCCAGCACCAACUGGAGGAGCAGGUCACUGCCCUUGAGGCUCAACUGCAGCAAUCUCAUACUCAAGAGAAUGAUCUGAAUAAUGAAAUAAAGUACUUGCAAGAAAAGCUAAAUGAAACACACAUCACUAGUAGAAAGUUGGACAGCUGUGUGACAAGUGCAACAAACAUAAAUGAAGUGCCAGAAGUUCCUUUAGUUACUAUAUCACUAGAACAAGCACAAGUGCCUGAUUCUGAUGGCUCAGAGACUCUUGCUACCAUGGGCUCCUCGACUAGUGCUCAGGAAAUGCUGGAACAGUGUCAGUGCAAGUUGAAGGAGUUGGAGAAAGAAAACAAAAUCCUACAGGAGCAGUGUAGUGCUGCAGAGGUAGAGAAGACCACCCUGAGAACAAAUAUAAGGAAGGUGAGUGCCAACUGGUUUGAACGCAAGACUCGACUGAGUGACAGCGACUCAGAGUCUUGCAGCGGUGCCGAGGGUCUCUGUUUGCUCCAGGACUCUGCCUCAGGCAGGGAGGAGAUUGGGGUGCAGGUCCCAGAGUUUAUGCCCCAAAAGUGUAGCUUGUAUAAGACAGUGGAAGAUAUUCCCAGUCUUUUAGCUGAACUUGACUUUGCAACAGGGAAACUUGAUCUGACUGAAAGGAUGUGUUGUGAACUCAAAAAGCGUGUGAAGGAUUAUGAAAAUGUCAUUGAUGAUCAAGAAGUAAUUAUACAUGGCCUGAAAGACCAGUUAGAUACUUAUUUCACUGAUAAUCGAAAUAUGUCAGAACAACUGCGUACCAUCACCAAGCUGUUUGAGGACCUUGAGUUAACAGAGAAAACCAGAGUGAAUACAGUUAACCCUCCAGACACCAUUAACACAGUGUUCAGCACCCUUCCCUCAGAAGAAGACUUCAAGGAAAUGUCUCAGAGUGUCAGUAAAACAUACACCAAAUUAAAAGAACUGAUUAUGGAGAAGAAAUCACUUGUCACUGAAAUUGAUAGAUUGAAAGUCCUUAAUGUUGAGCUGCAGCGGCGAGUGACACAUCAAGAGAAUCGGCUUUUGAGUGUGUCUGAUGCUCUCCACUCAACCUGGCUGCUGGUGUCUGACAUGAAGGAGCAACACGCUCAGCUGCAUUCAUCAGAGUCUAUCUUACGCUAUGAGCUAAAGGAGAAGAGAGAGCUGCUGCAUCGCCUAAGAGAAGAGUUGGAGUGCUCUCGGGAACAGUGGCAUAAGAUCAGACAGAUGAACACUGAGAGUGAGGAGGAAUGGAAUAGUCUAAGGGAGGAAUUGAAUGAGAGGAGACGUAUUGCAAGCGAAGUACAACCUACAGACAAAGAAGGGGGAGACGAAGAAGUGAAGGGAGCCACUGCCAGGAUACGUCCGCCAGCGGAGUUUGAACCACCCGUAGACCUCCUGCUGGACAUGGCAAUAGAGUAUGGGGUGAUAGAUGCUGAUGAUGAUACCUCCACGGCCAUGGUGGCAGCCAUGGAAGGAGAAGAUAUGCAUGCAAACCGUUUGCAGGAUCUGGAGGACCAGUGUAGUUAUUUGUAUCAAAAGCUAAUGGCUUCCACAGCAAGGUCAUUGACCCUAGCGUCCAGGCUGUCAGCCUUGCAUGAGCAUUAUGGUUCAAGUGAUGAAGAGGAUGAUGAUGAAGAUGAUGAUGACAUGGAUGAUGAGUAUGAUAACAAUGACUAUGAACUUGAUGAUAUUGAUGUUCACCAUUUUGAUACAGAAAUCCUAACUCCAGAACCUGAGAGUUCAGACACAGCAUACAUGAGUGAGGCCGAUACAGGCUCUGCAGCAGGCACAGCCGGGAGUCUCUCUGAGGAGGAAGGGGCUGCGGCUGCUGGGAGUGGAGAUGACACUUUCACCCCCAUUGAAGAAUCGUCAGACGUAGAUGGUGACCUCAGCAAGCGUCUCAUCAACUUCCUUCCCAGAAAGAUAGAGAUUCUUAGCCGGGACAACAAGAAACUAGAGGAGCGGUGUAGAUUACUUCAGGAGGAGAAGAUUUCUUCCGAGGCUCAGCUGACUCAGUCGCUGGAGAAGGAGCAGAGACUCAGGCAGGAGUUGCAAGCCAAGCUGGAACACCUAGGAAAGAUUGUUGAUGAGCUCAAGUUAGAGCGAAAUGGCAAGAUCAAUGAGGCUGAGGAGAAGCUGCGGCAGAAGGUGGAAUCUAUUAACCAGCAGGAACGUGAGUACGAGAGCCUUCAGGAGGAAGUCAGCGGCCUCAGGGAGCAGCUGGAGGAGCGGGGGCAGCUGCUGCACAUUGCCUCCAGCCGGGUGACUGAGCUUGAAGGAUUGCUGAAGGCACAGGAAGUGACCUCUGAAGAUACACUUAAUCGUCUGAAGCAUGCAGAAAAGCUGGUAAGCGAGUCUCAGAGUGCCCACACUGAGCUAAGCAAGGAGUAUGAGCAACUAAAAAAAGAAGUUGAGACUCUACAAGUGCAAAUUGCAGACCUUAGAUUCCAGAUUUCUUCUAAGGACAUGGAGUGUGAUGCAGCCGUUAAGACUGAGGCUAAGAUGAAGCUGGCACAAAACACGCUCACUGAGACUCAGAGUGAACUGAAAACUACCCAGGAAGCUUCAACUCAGCUCGCAGAUGACAAUGAACAACUCCGAGAAAAAAUAAUUCAAUUAUUAAGAGAGAAGGAUACCCUGUGGCAGGCUAACAUGCGCCUAGAGGCUGUGGCAGGUGGCAGCCGUUCCUGGAUGGAGAACAGUAGCGCUCAGAGUUGUUUAGGGUGUAGUGUGUCUUUCUCACUGACACGCAGGCGCCACCACUGCCGCACAUGUGGACGGAUCUUCUGCACAGGCUGCUCAGAUAACUGGAUCAUGACCCCGGCGUCCAGCCGGCGCGUGAGGGUGUGUGAUGACUGUUUCUCCGUCCAGGCUGAGCUGGCAGCUAUCGUGGCCACUGUUUCCAACACCACCACCUUAUCAAGCCAAAGAGAUGAUGAGAGCCUAGAACAGGGUGCCACAGGAAGUCAGACCUCAAGUUCAGCCAAGCCACUGCCUAUUGCCUCUAGACAGCCUGAUGAUGACGAUUAUGCUGUAAUAUCAGAUGAUGAAGUUCAGAGCUCAAGACAGUCGUCCACUCCUAGCAAUGAUUCCCCUACCAGCAACCCAGAAGUGGUCCCAGAGACUCGUGCUACAGCAGACAUUAUUACAACAUCAACUCUCUCUUCUCAACCACCCACUGAUUUUGAGACGUGGGUGGGAGCUGGAACACGAUCGCUGGUGCCUGUUGAGCUGCCAGCAGGAAUUACUCUUCAGUGGAGCUUCAUCUCUGAGCCAAAGUGUGUGUCAUUCUCAGUGUUGCAUCAACCACCAUCAUCAAGCAGCCAAGAAUCAGGGGAAACAGGUCCUUCAGUCUGUCAACAACGAGUGUUGAUUCCCACCAGAAGGGUCGUCUCAACGCAAGGCUCCACUGUGAAGGGACGCUUGGUGACCAAACAGCCCGGAGUGUACACACUUGUGUUUGACAAUUCUUCCUCCAGGUACACAGCCAAGAAGAUUACCUACAGUCUCAGACUCCUUGAACAAGCUGAUGGAGAUCCCUUGCCUCGGCAGCCCCUGCAGCCAGCUACUUCCAACCCAUGAUCCUUGCCUCAUUUUAGUGGGGGUGGUUUGUAUUUGGUAAACUCUUGAAACUACAUCUUGACCUCAGGAAGUAGCCAGUGGAACUGUCUGCAGAGAGACAAGAAAACUUACUUGCCAUUAAGAAUCUAGCCCACCGGUGUCCUGCAGUUACCUGAAGCUGUAAUAUAGUUCUUACCAUUAUUAUUGUUUACACUCCCAUCUGUGGGAAAAGUUGUUGAUAAUGGUAAUGUUAACAGAAUAACAGUAAAUAAGAGCUAUACUUUUGAUAAUAUAAUUAAUUGUUACAGCAUAUCUUUAAUUAUGAUUAACAAUUUGAGGCACAUGCCAAGCUGUGCAAUGCUGAUUAUUGAAAAAGACGUUCGAGUCUAGUGAGUGUAGACCCCUUACUCCUUAUUGUAUAUUUUUCUAUUCUCAUAGUAUAAGGGUUUAUAUAAGUUACACACUGUAAUAUUGAACCAUGUUUAGUUCUAAGCCAGUGAGAUUCUACUCUUACUCGAUGUGCUGAAAGUACUAUUUUUUAUGGAGUAUGGUGCUACGUAUCGUAAUAGCAGAGUGAGCAAAGUGAGUGGAGCAUAUUCCUGCAGUUCCAUAAUUUCAUGUGUGCAAAAGCAUGUGUCCAUGUGCAGGAAAUGAUGGAACUGAUUUCAUAUAAUUCAAAAUCUCUUGAGGUACGGACCUUGCAAAAAAUAGUGCCAUAAUAAUAGUGAUUAGACAAAUUGUGCGCCAUCAGCAGGUGAGCAACAAAUUGUCGAACCCUGUCUGGAAUGCAGGUUUCAUUGACACUCACAUAUGCUUUUUUUCUCAUAUGAUUUUUUUUAUUGCCAAGGAGACAUUGUGUUUUAAGAAUGAGGGAAUAAUAGUAGUAAAUAUAAAGAAGCAAUGUAUUGAGACACUCAAAUCUCAAUCUCUCACAAGCUCUGCCUCUUGGUCACGAAGACCUAGUAUAAUUAUAUAAAUACUUUAUAAAAGAAUGCAUUUAUAGUUAUAUAUAGAUUUAUUUGCAAGAGUGAGAUGAUAUACAUUUGAUCUCCUUUUAAUGUAUGUAAUGAUAAGAGGCAAUAAUUGAUCUUGCAGAGUGAACUCUGUAAGUGGAGUCUGGUGAAGACACUUGCUUGUCUUCAUAUGCACAUAUCAACUUUUUUACUUCAUAAGUUUGGAUACAUUUUUGUUAUUUGAUCCACUUGUUAUUUGCAAGGCACAGUCCUGACAUUGCAUUUUUACAUAAUCUAAAGCGAUAGUGUGUAUAUUUCACGUGACUGAAGAGGAAAAGAGAACAGCCUCUGCUGCUAAGAUUGUGACACUGAUUGCAUCAAAAUGGACUGUGGUUAUGGCAGACUUCUGGAAGUGAAACCUGCUUAUGGGAAUGGUAGUAGAAAUCAUCUAUCAUCACUAUCACCGUGGUCAGACUUUCAAAAGCAAAUAAGGCAUCAGAUAUUAAAGUCAUUAGGUGGAUGUCUUUAAGGUAGAGUAUGAUCUUUGAUGCAGUGAACUGAUGUAACGCAUGGCUGCUAGUGCUGUUAUAAGUUUAGCAGCAUCCGUCUCAGCUGGUGACAAACUGGGCUGCUAGCAUAGCAAGAACCUGGAUAUUAGUAGAGUUCAAAUUAAACAUGUAUGGCAAGUGAUAGAAUGAGUGUUUGUAAUUUCCUUGUUAAUUUAAGGGUCAUCUUUAUAAGCCUGCAUUUUAUCAGGAUAAUGAUGUCAAUUUAUAACAGGUAUACAGAGGGUCCCCGUUAUUCGUCGCCUCCCUAUUUGUAGUUCCACUCUUUAAUUAGCAAUAUAUUGUGACAGCAAGCCAAAAAACUCUCCAUUCUUUUGCUGUUGCUCUUUUGUAAUCAUGCACUGUGGCUGAUAUCUGACCAUCCAAACCUGUGUCAACACUAAAGAAUAUGGAAAAAUUUGGGAGUAAAAGUGGUGAGUGUGCUGUUGACUGGCUGUGUCGUGAAUGUCCUGCCAAGCACUGUCUGCUCCAGUCUGAGGAGUGUACCACAGCAAGGAGGCUCAACUUUUAUUACCAAACUAUGUAUUCUGAUGUCUUCAUCACUUGUGCACAGUGUGACUGGAUGAUGAAAUUGGAGUGACUGAUGUUAACCCUUUCACGCAUUGUGACGCGAUCCGCAUCAAAACGGAAGUUUCGAGCUAUGAGGUGGUGAACAUAAGCAUUUCUUAUUUAUCUCUAAUCAAUGUUUUUUUCGGAGUCGGUAACCUUUGCUAUUUAUUUGCAUUUCUUGAUAUUUUUUUCUUUCAUAAGGCAGAAUAAUCUCUUCCAAAACCAACGAUACAUAAUAAUGCCAGGAAAAAAGAAUACUCACGGGUGAAAUCGAUAACAUGAUAAAAAUUUUCGCUGCACGGUCAGGAUGUACGCAAGGUCCCCUAGGGAGCCCGAGACGGAUGUUGCAGUGGAAAGAGAAACUUAUUAAACUUUUGGUGCAUGAAAGGGUUAAUUUGUAAAUAAUUUUGGGGUCAAAAUGGCUGUAGUCGCUACAGAAUGGAGUGGCUUCCUCCUGAACCAAGAGCAAAACGAUUGACGCCGCAGUGUUUGUCAUUGGUGCUAACAGUCGCACUGUAUUGCUAUUAUUGUAAUAGGUCGCUUUAGCUCUUUUAUAACUGUCUUCUGUUUAAAAAACACUAUGUCCAAAUGAAAAAGCAUUAUACUUCAUCCAAAAAUGAAGUCUGUCUGAAACAGACUGAUCAGGUGUUCUAUUAAUUAAACCAAACUAUAUAGUUUUAUGUCUGGUUACUGUUUCAAUUUUCAGUGUAACAUUUUUUGUCAUGUUUUGUGGUUUAUAUUUGUGAAUAAUAAUAUUAGGAGACCCCCUGAAUACUUGUGCUUAUAAUUUAUUGACCAUUUUUUUCAUACUAAAUUUUUUGACCAGAAGAGCCUUUUUCUUUGUCAGCAUAAUAAGUACCCUUAAACACUUGAAGUGAAGUGUUGGUAAAAUGUGUAUAUUCACACACAGGGCUUUCAUUUGAAAAUAAUCCUUUGAGGGAGGUAGUUACCAGAUAUUCAUAUAUUUUUAUUCAUCCUUAAAGAUAUACAUAUUGCAACUGUAUACCCAAAGACAGUCAUACUCUGUUUCAUGUCAUUUCUCCAACCACAAGGAUGAAUUUUGAUAGAUAUGGCACUGUGCAUUGCUAUCUCAUGAUUGGUUGAAAUAAAUGUGUUCUAUAUUGCUGGCUACUUGUGGUAAAUAUUUAUACUGAUUCUUCAGUAAUAUAUUUGAAUGUUUGUGUAUACAAAGAACCAUCACACCUUCUGAUAUAAAUCCCAAACAUAGCUGAUUUGCCACAAUAAAAAAUGUACCAUACAAGUACAUGAAAGACAGGCUUGCACCAAACAAUCAAGUCAGAUCAUACGUGAACAAACCAUGGGCUUGAAAAUAUCUAUUUUAUCUUGUUUCAGGUACAUAAAAAGACAUCUGGCUCUGUAAAUGCAAAUUAAAGGUAUUUUAAAAAUUUGUUACAUGUAAAUCACAUGAAUAAUGUUAAAAAUAGCAUGAAAUCUUAUUGAAUGUGAUGCUCGGCCAUUAUAUGUAUUAUCUAUGUGAUUUACAUGCAACAAAUUAUUGAAACACCUUUUAUUUGCACUUACAGAGCCAAAUGUUAUUUCAUGUACCUGAAAUGAGAUGAAUCAUAGAUAUUUUUAAAGCCCAUUGUGUAUGAUCUGACUAAACUGUUUGAUACAAGCUUGUUUUCAUGAGCUUCUAUGGUAUGUUAAAGAUGCAAAUUGACAUGUUUGGGAUUUAUGUAAGAAGGUAUGAGGGUUCUCUUUAUAUAUAUAAACAUUCAAAUAUAUUAUUGAAGAAAUAGUUUGAAUAUUUACCCUAUGUAGCCAAUGACUGAACACAUUGAUUUUCACCCAGUCAUGAGCUAACAGUUCACAUGUGCCACACCUACACUUGUGAGUGGCCAGAUGGUAUGAAACCAAGUAUGAUAAGUUACUCAGGAAAUACUGUAUUUUAGAGGUAUUUCCAUACUUUAUAUUGGUUAAGGUGUUUUAACCUGUGAGCUCUGGGGAGUGACUACAGCUGUCCUCUGCCUGACCAAAAGUUCCAUGUUUAUAAUGCAAUUUAUUGUGCAAGGAAUGAAAAGUUCUUUGAAAAAAAUGAAAUUCAUUCAGUGGCAUGCCUGGUAGUCAUUUUUUUUAUUAUGAAAAAUAAAGGAAAAUAAAAGGAAAAAUAUUGUAGGAAAUAAGAGAAAAUUUUCCACCAGAAAGUAUAGGGAAGAGAAAAUUCAACAGCAAAAUAAUACUGAUAACUCCAUAAAGAUUUGUGGUACAUAUGUCAUUGACUUGAUCGCCAAUUUUUCCCAAGGAGUAAUCUUUAUCGAUUUAGAUAAAUAUGCAAAUUGGUCCUUCCAUUCCCUCUUGGCUAAUCUUCCCUUGUUCACUCUCUAAUGAUGCUCCAGUGUCAGGCCAGGGUAGAGGUGUAGCCCCGACAACUGAACCCAUACCUUGAUUAAUUGGGUUUCUUUUGCUUCAGACAUCUUGUUUAUUAUACAUGCAUUAUUUCUUGUUAAGUAUAAGGAACUUGCUACCUCACCUCCAAUCACCAUGAUGCUUUUCCUCGGGCAAACGUGCUCGUGAUCAAGUGAGAGGUGACCAGCACCAGCUGGCAGCACAACACAUGUUUUAACUUCUGGUGCACCAACUACUGUUGCUUGUUAUAGUAAAAGAGAUUGUUAUAGCAUAAACUUACCAACAUACUUACUUUCAGUAAUGUGUUGGAUUAUCAACUCUAACUCAUUACCCCGUUUGUUUUAUUUCUUUGUUGAUUGUGCAAUUCCACAGUGUUUCAGUGAGGUUGUAGGUGUUACGUACUAUAGCAUUUUUUAGUGAAUACCGUCAUAUUAUAAAAGUAUUAUUUGCAAUAUAUUUUAUCAAGUGCCUUAAAUAAGUAGGUAUAAUUACAAGUCAACCUUGUACUUGUAAAUUACAAAUUACUGAAUCAAA